GAGAGUCAGUCCAGUUUGUCCUCUGUAACAACUGAAUAUUCUGGAGUGGACUGUGUGUGAAAGGGGUAGAAAGAUGGACUACGGACUGAAAACCCUCUUGCUGUUGGCUCUCUGCACUCUUGCAGCAAAGACUGAAGAAAACAAUGUACUAGAAGAAGAACAAGGGGCACUGGCCGUUGAGAAGACAACAAUAGCUGCCGAUCUGUCACCUGAAUAUAGGACCAUCACACUGAAUGUUACAAUCUGUAUUCCAAAAUAUGCAAACAAUGAUACAAAGAUUAUUAGGACAAGUCAAGAUAUAAUAUCGGGAAACACAUUCCGUUCUAUUGUAGGAGCGGCAAAGCCUGGACCAAAAACUCCAUGUAACAUUACUUCUUGUAUGCUAGACAAAGUGCCAGAGCUGGCUGUGUAUGUUUUCAAAGAAGAUCCGGAAAAACAGUUAAUUUGUUCCACCAAUGUUACGAAUGAGAACUUAUUUGUGACAAUAAAUGCCAGCACUAGUGAGAUCUCUAUAACACCAAAAAAGGAAUCAGGGACAUUAAACAGCGCAUUGGUUUCUGUAGAUGUUGUCGCAGAACGCAUAGAAGGCUUGAGUUUUUCUUCAGGUGAUUCUGACAUGUCCUUUGUCAUAAAAGUUAAACAACUGUGGAUUCCCACAACCAAAACUGUUCCCACCACCAUACAUUUUACCAGUCCAACUACUAAAAAAGUAGUUGUGGAGACCACAAGUAAUGUGACCAGUAAACAGACCACAAAUCCAAAAGUGAGAAACAGCACCAUUACCCAAGAAACCAGCCAAAAACCAGUUGUAACCAGUUCUAAAGCCAAACCAACAAAUGAGAAACCAUCAGUGGCACCAGUUGUCAGCAAAGCAUCCAGUCUGGGUCAUGAAGCCUUGUGGGGAAUGAUGCUGCUGGUUCUGAAGCAAAUAUUUCUGAACUGAUUUUCCAGUGCGGAAAUCCUGAAAGACUGUACACAGAGACAGGUUAUGAACCAGACC